CAUCGCCCCCGUAGCUGCGAGUCCUCCCGCCGCCUGGAUCUGAGUCCUCUGAGCCGCAGCACAGCACAGCCGGGACGCAGGCGUCGGGGGCCCGGAGCGCCGAGCCCGGGAGCAUGAUCGUGGACAAGCUGCUGGACGACAGCCGCGGCGGAGAGGGGCUGCUGGACGCGGCCGGCGACUGCGGCCUCAUGACCAGCCCGCUCAACCUGGCCUACUUCUACGGCGCGUCGCCGCCGGCCGCGGCCCCGGGCGCCUGCGACGCCGGCUGCUCGUCGUCGGGGCCCUCGGCCCCGGGCUCGCCCGGCUCCGACUCCUCCGACUUCUCCUCCGCCUCCUCCGUGUCCUCCUGCGGGGCGGUCGAGUCCCGGCCGAGAGGCGGCGCCUUCGCCGAGCGGCUGCAAGUUGAGCCCCAUAUGGGGAUUGGAAGGCAGCAGAGAGGACCCUUUCAAGGCGUUCGUGUGAAGAACUCGGUGAAGGAGCUCCUGCUGCACAUCCGAAGUCAUAAACAGAAGGCUUCUGGCCAAGCUGUGGAUGAUUUUAAGAUACAAGGUGUGAACAGAGAGCAAUACACAGAAUUGAAGAAGACAGUAUCAUACAGUGGGAAAAGGAAAGGCCCUGAUUUGUUGUCUGAUGGCCCAGCUUGCAAAAGGUCAGCUUUACUACAUACCCAAUUUUUGACACCACCUCAAACACCAACACCCAUGGAGAGCAUGGAAGAUGUUCAUCACAAUGAAGCCAAACAGGACAGCAGUGCUGACCUGCUUCAGAACAUUAUCAACAUUAAGAAUGAGCGCAGCCCAGUUUCCCUGAAUACUGUCCAAGUUAGCUGGGUGAACCCUGUGGGGGUCCCUCAGAGCUCACCCCGAGAGCAGUGUCAGGACUUCCAUGGAGGGCAGGUCUUCUCUCCAUCUCAGAAAUACCAGUCAUUCCAAGGCAGCAGCUCCCCACACAUGAUGGAUCAGGCAUCCAUGUACCAGUAUUCUCCACAGAACCAGAAUAUGCAUCAGCAGCCGCCGCCACUACAGCACUAUAUCCACAACCCGGCUCUGGAAUACAGUCCUUAUUCCAGAACUUCCCAGUCCCCCAACUAUGAACAGAACCUCUUUGAUGGUCAAGAACCACAGUUCUGCCCAGGCCAAAGUUUUGCAUCCCUUCUGAGUAGUCAUGGGGAAUCUGAGAAUAUUGCUGUUCCCAUUCAUACUUCCCCCAGUGUGCAGCAACAAAAUGAUGCCCACCUGCAGAACUUCAGCAUCAUACCGCAUAGUGCCUGUGAGGCCAUGGCGGGGCACGAUGCAGGCUCUGCCCCUGUAAGCACUUCACUGCCAUUCCAGAACAUCAUGGGAAAUACAGUGAGCAGCACACAGUUAGGGAAGUCAUUUUUCCAGUGGCAAGUAGAGCAGGAAGAAAGCAAAUUGGCAAAUAUCUCCCAAGACCAGUUUCUGUCAAAGGAUGCAGAUGGUGACACGUUUCUGCAUAUUGCUGUUGCCCAAGGGCGAAGGGCACUUUCCUAUGUCCUUGCAAGAAAGAUGAAUGCACUUCACAUGCUGGACAUUAAAGAGCACAAUGGACAGAGUGCCUUUCAGGUGGCAGUAGCUGCGAAUCAGCACCUCAUUGUGCAAGAUCUGGUGAACCUUGGGGCCCAGGUGAACACCACCGACUGCUGGGGAAGGACCCCUUUGCAUGUCUGUGCUGAGAAGGGCCACUCGCAGGUGCUUCAGGCAAUUCAGAAGGGAGCCGUGAGGAGCAAUCAAUUUUUGGAUCUUGAGGCAACUAACUAUGAUGGCCUGACUCCUCUACACUGUGCGGUUGUGGCUCAUAAUGCUGUGGUACAUGAACUCCAGAGAAAUCAGCAGCACCAUUCACCUGAAGUUCAGGAGCUUUUACUGAGGAAUAAGAGUCUGGUUGACACCAUUAAGUGUCUCAUUCAAAUGGGAGCAGCAGUGGAAGCUAAGGAUCGUAAAAGUGGCCGCACAGCACUGCAUUUGGCAGCUGAAGAAGCAAAUUUGGAACUCAUUCGCCUCUUUUUGGAGCUGCCCAGUUGCCUGUCUUUUGUGAAUGCAAAGGCUUACAAUGGAAACACUGCCCUCCAUGUUGCUGCCAGCCUGCAGUAUCGGGUGACACAGUUGGAUGCGGUCCGCCUGUUGAUGAGGAAGGGAGCGGACCCAAGUACUCGGAACUUGGAGAACGAGCAGCCAGUGCACUUGGUUCCUGAUGGCCCUGUGGGAGAGCAGAUCCGACGCAUCCUGAAGGGCAAGUCCGUUCAGCAGAGAGCUCCACCAUAUUAGCUCCACUGACUUGGAGCCUGGUCGGCAACACUCACUGUCAGUUAGGCAGUCCUAAUGUAUCUGUACAUAGACCAUUUGCCCUGUACUGGCAAAUGUAAGUUGUUUCUAUGAAACAAACAUAUUUAGUUCACUAUUAUAUAGUGGGUUAUAUUAAAAGAAAAGAAGAAAAAUACCUAAUUCCUCUUGGCAGAUUUUAAUAUUUCAUACCCAGGUAUCUGGGAUCUAGACAUCUGAAUGUAAUCUGAAUGGUAAAAUUGGCUUCAAUUAACAGUAGCCUUUGGGUAGGAAAAAGCUUUGAUUUGUGGCAUAAAACAUUGCACAUAUAGCUAUUGCCAGUGUAAAAGCAGGUAAAUUAUAAGCUUUUUUUUUUUUUAAGGAAAAUUAAAGCAUUUGAAAGGAAAGAAAAUAAAUCUGGAUACAGUGUUGAGGUUUUGUUGACCUGGUAUGUUACCUAAUAGUUAUUGGCAUCGGAAAGUUCUAGUCAUUGGACUAGAUGAAAGGUACCAAGGUUAAAAUAAGGUUUUUGUAAACAGUAUAUAAUUAUUUUUGUCUUUAAAAUAUUUUACCUAUUUGUUCAUUAAAAUGGCCAUAUUUAAAAUGUAUAAAUCAAUAAAGCAGAAAAGAAUAAGUGUAUUGUCACUAUUUAAAAAGAUUAUAUACAUUCGGAGGAGCUGUGUAAUGACCCAACUACUGUCUCUGUAGAUAAAGCAAAUGGAGAGUUGGUCCCCUACUGGCUGACAGAGCUGUUUGAAUAGCAAAUAUGCUUUUUCUCAUGUGUUAUGUGUUGAGAUGAGACACAUGAUUUGUAUGGAAUUGCAUGCUCCUAAAGAGACACCUCCUAUGGCUCAUUUUCUAGAAUUUAUAAUUUACUUGCUCUGUUGAAAUUUUAUCUUCAUAGGAACAUCAAAAAGUCAAUAUUUAAACGUGUCUGUAUGGUUUUCUAUUAUCAGAUAAUGAUAAUGUACCAUGAUUUUAUAUUACCAUUCAGAAAAAAAUGCUUUAUUUUUUAGUACCCUUAAUUCAAUUAAUAUUAUUUUGUGCUUACUUUUGGCUUACCCCAAGGAAUGUAUUUGGCUUUGAUUACACACUAAUUCAUUAUAAUAAAUUUGAUUCAUUAAAAAUUUUUUAAAUAAUGAGAAGUCUCACAAGCAACUGACUGACUAAUCAUCUUUGCAGCUUAAAUCCUUUUAAAAAAGAUAACCUUUGGAUCGAUCACAUUGUUUGACCCAGUAUGUCUUGUGGACAAAUGUUAACUAUAGUUAUUUGGUGUCUGUAAAUACCACUGUGAUGUGAACCAAUCCAUUCACCCUCAUGGGAAAACUCAAGCAUGGUUUUAAAUAAACAUUAAUUCGAUAACACUGUU